UAAUAGAAAAAUUAGAAAUGAUAUAAAAUUUAAAAGUGAAUUGAGAGAAUAACUAAAUACAUAAAUCAACUAAGAAUAGAAGUUUAAGAAAUAAUAUGAUAAAAACUCACACCGUCUGAAGUGGACCGUUCAUAUCGCGGUCAUUUCAUUUAGUCAAAAUUGUAUAUUCAACUCACGAGCUCACGUUUAAGUUCAUUUGCGUUCCAGGAUCAUUUGCGAGCCUGUGCAGAGAUCAUGACAAACGUGUCUGGAAAAGGGUAAAGUGAAACGCCAUUUAGAUAAAAAGAAAAAAAAAAACGUGGAAAAAAAUUACAAAGCAUUUUGAAGCUUCUCUUUUAAGCACGUGCUCCGCAUGACAAUACACUAUUUGGGCCAAUCAUCUCUGAUUGCUUGAUUUGACAGGCAUGCGCCUAUAACUGGUUUAGGCGCCGCCUUAUUUCCCUUACAAGUCAUCCCGUCUGGGUUUUUGAAAACGGCAACCUUACAAAUACCAGCGGAACAAAAUGGAGGAAUCUUCUCUCGAGAAGCGGAUGAAUAUAAGCUUAAGAAGGGAACGCAAACCUUCUUGUACCCUCUGUAAAAAUCACGGAAUGCGAUCGAAUCUCAAAGGACACAAACGGCACUGUCCUUUCUCGAACUGUGACUGCGAACCAUGUGUCAAGGGAAGGCAAAGAAGAGUUGUGAUGAGAGAGCAAGUUCGUCUUCGGAGAAAACAGAUGAAAGAUAUCGAAAGUCGCUCUAACAGUGUUGCACCCGUCGAACCAUUUCAAGUGAAUUUUUCCCUCGCCGCGGUGAAAACUGAAUUAAGCUUACCUCCCACCAACGAACACAGAAGCUUCGGGGACGAAAAAGAAUUAGCCAUCAUGAAACACUGCGGAAGAAACGAAGGCUUGACCCACAGCGUGUCCAACAUUUUGCAUUCACAGUUCAGCGUUCCUAGGCAGCAGUCCUUCAACUGUAGCGCUUAUAUGCCAACUCCUUUCCAGCUUCGGUGGAAUACUAGAGAUGUAUUCUCGGGCUUUCCUUCUUACAACAAC